UAACAGAAAAAAGAUGGAUAGAAUUAAUUCCACAGAUAGGGAAAAACAAGUAGAGCUUUUGGGAAAAGACCCCUUUGGAAAGAACCAUUUUGAUCGAGGAGAUAACACUUCUCAGAAGUGACUAUCCUCUUUUGAUGAAGUUCAAGAUGUAAGGUUAGAUGACUCUGUUGCAAAGAUAUCAGUCAAGGAGGGCGAAAUAAAAUCUAAGGAUAAUAAGCUUCUAGGCAUUCUUUAUAUGAUAGCCACAGGCUUGAGCUUCUCACUAUCAGCAAUUACCUGCAAACUUGCUUAUGAGAGGAAUGAACACUUGAAUGGUCUAGAUUAUGUGUUGUGACGAUCAAUAAUUUUACCAAUCUGUUCUAUAUUCCAAGUGGUUUCGACGAAGGUGAACGUCUUUGAUGUUAAGAAAGAAUACAGGAUGUUGCUUGCACUUAGAUGCAUUAUUGGUGGAAUCGGUAUGCCGUGUUUAUUCAUUGCUCUGAAGCAUAUCCCACUUAGUCUUUCUAUUCUUAUUGUCAAUAUAAACCCUCUCCUUGUUGCCAUUGCUGCAUUCUUCAUUUUAAAAGAGAAACUUACAAAGUUGAAUGUUAUUGGAGCUUUUGGAGCCUUUAUAGGAGUGUAUUUGCUCACACUACAUAAGAGCGGAGGUGAUCAAGAUAAUCCGUACUAUUUGUUGGGUAUCUUUCUCGUGUUUAUUAAUUGCUGUUGACAAACAAGUAUCAAUAUCUUAUUAAGAGUCCUAAAUAAGGAACUGCAUUACACCAUGAGUCCUUUCUGGUUUAGUAUCACAACUGUAAUUAUCUCAAUCUCUCUGUUGCUCUGCUACCCAAGUGUGUUUAACUUUGAGUAUUACACAUAUUUAGAUAUCUCUUUGUUCCUCCUAUCAGGGGUCUUCAACUAUGGAGUGCAAGUAGGUAAGUCUCUUGCAUUUAAAUAUGCUGAUGCUUCUCUUGUGUCUCCUUUGCAGUAUUUCAAUGUUCUCUACCUAUUCAUCAGCGAUGUUUUUAUUUUCAAUUGAUCGUUUACAGUCACAGAUGGCUUUGGAGGAAUGAUCAUCUUGGUGAGCUUACUGCUUCCUAUUUUCCAAACUAUCCAUCAGAAGUAUUCUAAAUCUUAAGAAUGUCUAUGACCUCAAAAAUACGUCUUGAGAUGUUCAAGAUCAUCAAAUUCAAUCUUUA